AGAACUUUGCAGCAUCAAAGUGAUGUUCUAGAGACAGUGAUCUUGGUGAAUCCCAAUGCAGACAGCAUUGUUUAUGAGGUACGCUCUUUGAUCACAGAUCCUGCUGCUUACAAGCUCCUUAUUCUCAGUGGCCAGUGCUCUGACCAGGAAGGAGACUUAAUUUUGCAAAGUGGUACAUUUCCAAUACAAAGACUUGGAGAGGUCUUCAGUGAUCCAGAGGUCUGUCAACUCUUCAGUAACACUGAUCCAGAGAUUAAAUCUUCCUUAACUGUUUCUUGUUUGGAAGAGGGAGAUUGGUGCAACCUUGGACAUUCCAGUUUCCAGGAUAUCAUAAAUUGGAAAUUAAACCCUGAGAUUGUUUUACCUGCAAUGGAUGGUGUUUCAGAAUUUGCAGACUAUGUCUCAGAGACAGUUGAUGUUCCCUCUCCUUUUGAUCUCUUGGAACCACCAAAUUCAGGUGGAUUUUUGAAGUUGUCAAAGCCAUGUUGUUACAUAUUUCCAGGAGGAAGGGGAGACUCCGCCCUUUUUGCUGUCAAUGGAUUUAAUAUCCUGAUAGAUGGUGGCUCAGAAAGAAAAUCUUGUUUCUGGAAGUUGGUUCGGCAUUUGGAUAGGAUUGAUUCCAUAUUGCUCACACAUAUUGGAGCAGAUAAUCUGCCUGGAAUAAAUGGACUUCUUCAACGAAAGAUAGCCGAACAAGAUGAAGAACAAUCUCAGGGCUCCACUGCAUAUAGCGACUGGAUGAAGAACCUCAUAUCCCCAGAACUGGGGGUAGUGUUUUUUAAUGUCCCAGAUAAACUGAAAAUGCCUGAAUCUAGUAUGAAAGUUAAAAGAAGCAUUGAAGAAGCUUGUCUGACACUACAGUACUUAAAUAAACUAGGAAUUAAAUCUGAACCUUUAUACAGGGUAGUUAGUAACACAAUAGAGCCCAUAACAUUGUUUCACAAAAUGGGAGUUGGUAGGUUGGAUAUGUAUGUCCUGAAUCCAGUAAAAGACAGCAAAGAAAUGCAGUUUUUAAUGCAGAAAUGGGCUGGAAACAGCAAAGCAAAAACCGGUAUUAUUUUAGCAAAUGGUAAAGAGGGUGAAAUUUCAGUACCAUAUCUUACAUCUAUCACUGCCCUUGUUGUUUGGCUCCCUGCUAGCCCAACAGAAAAAAUAGUGCGCGUUUUGUUUCCUGGAAAUGCUCCACAAAAUAAGAUCCUAGAAGGUCUAGAAAAGCUAAAACAUUUAGAUUUCCUAAGAUAUCCAGUUGCAACACAAAAAGAUAUAUCCAGUGGUGGACCCUCAUCUACUGGUAAGCACACAAAAAUAAAGCAAAGGGCUGACAGCAAGGAAAGUCUGAAGUCCUCUACACGACCAAGCACAGGUAAGCCAGGUAAAAAAGAAGAUAUUUCUGAAGAACUGGCUAAAGAUAUUAAACUGGAUAUUACGAAAGAAAAGCAAGAGAAAAAAAUCAAAGAAUCCGCAGAUAAACAUAUCGAGAAACCUUUAAAAACUGAAAAGAUAAAAACAGAGUCAAUUGACUCAGCAAAAUUAGAAAAGAGAAAACUUUUGAAAGAAAAAACAGGCAAAAAAUUUAUCAAGGAUAAGAUUUCCAAACUCGAUGAAAAGAAGGAUAAAGAAAAGAAAGAAAUAAAAAAAGAAAAGAUAGAUAUAAAAAAAGAAAAUAUAAAGAAGGAAGAAAAGAAAGAUGUAAAGAAGGAAGAGAAAAAAAGGGAAGUUAAACUUGAAGCUAAGAAGUUACUAAAACCUGACUUACGACCAUUUACUCCCGAAGUGAGAAAAACAUUACACAAAGCAAAGGUUCCUGGAAAACUCAGAACCGAAAAAGCUAAAAGUAAACCUGAAAAAGAUGUCACAACUGAACAAAAAGUAAGUUAUGUACAACAAGUACAUAUGGAAAAGUUACCACAAAUGGCUGAUAUAGCAGAGCAAAGAUCAGUUAUGUCUUCUCCAGAGGAUCUAACCAAGGACUUUGAAGAGUUGAAGCAUGAAGACAACCUAGAACAAUCCAUUACAAAAGAAGAUGACACCGCUCUUUCAGAACAAAAAACUAUUGAAAAUAGACCAUCAGAUAUGUUAAUGAUUCAAAGUCAGUUGAAAGACGAAAUCAUGUUAGAUGAAGUAACAUCUGAUAAGAAAAGCCCACUUGAAUCCCCAGAUGAAGGUAUCACGACCACUGAUGUAGAAGGAGACUCGCAGCAUGAAGAGAAACUAAUGUAUCAAGCAGAUGAGACAACUGAAAUGGUUGACGAAGGUGCAGCAAUGGAGGAACCUGCUGAGAUGGCAGAAUUUGAGGAAGAUAUAAAUACAGAAGAAGAAACUACUCCAGAUGUUGAUAACGUGAGAGUACCAAGCAGAAACAAAUUUGAAUCAAUGCCAACCUUAGACAUUCAAGACUUAGAGAUGGAUGAAGAUAAGGAAAAUGACCUGGAUGAAAAGGGAAUAUUCGAUAGAAAACAAAAAGAACAAAUUAUUGUACAAUGUGAAGAUGAUUAUAUUGGCAAAAAUGCAGAAGAUGACAAAGAAACUGAAAAAAAUAUAGAUGUAGUGGAAAAAGCAGAUGUAGAAGAAAUGGAAGAAUAUUCUGAAGACCCUAGAGAGGAUCUGAAGCGAAAGGAUGCUGAAUACACAGGGAACUUCAGUGAACAGGAAGAAAACAUGUCCAUUGGUUUUACAAUGUCAUUGCAAAAAGAGACUGAUGCAGAAGUAAACAUAUAUGACAAAAAUGUAUCAAAGGAGCCAUCAUACUUAACUGGUGUCCCUGGAUCAUCUGGAACUGCUACAGAACACAUAUCUUACAUCCAAGAUGAAACAAUACCAGGUUAUUCCGAAACAGAACAAACAAUUUCUGAUGAGGAAAUACAUGAUGAACAGGAAGAACGAAUUCCUCAUUUACAGUAUGAUGUAGGCAGUUAUGAUAUUUCUGUCCCAGACCAUCCUGGGUCAUUUGAGGCAAUACAUGGCAUCAAAGCAGUUUCAUCUUCUGAGGUGCCUACAAAAGGUUAUGUUAUGCAAGAAUCAGAAAUAGUGGGUUAUUCUACUAAUAUUGUUGCUGCUCCACUUGCAGAGGAGGAACACGUUUCUUCAGCAACAUCUAUAACUGAGUGUGACAAACUGUCUUCUUUUGCUACAUCCGUUGCAGAAGACCAGUCUAUGGCUUCUAUUACUGCACCAAAAACUGAAGAGACUGGAAAAAGUUCUUUACUACUUGAUACAGCAAACAGUAUUCCAUCUUCUCACACUGAGGCGACUCAAGGAAUAGAAUAUUUGCCAUCUGCAGGCACUAUAUCACCCACAUCCUCUCUAGAAGAGGACAAAUGUUUUAAAUCCCCUCCAGCAGAAGAUUUUCAGUCUUUGAUGGCUGCUGGAAAAGACCAUCUGAGUGGCCCCGCACAGGAUGAAGAACUUGAUGAUGAGACAACAAAUUUUGAGACACAUGGUAAAAAACACUAUAGUCCACUUUUAUUUUCUGAACAUGAAGCUAGUGAAGUGCAAUAUGCUAGUAGUAUAGAUAUGAAGAUAUCUUCUGUUAUUUCUGGAGGUGAAGUGGACAAAGUUGAUUCAAGCUUUGGAGAAGCUGAAGAAAGAUGCUUAAGUCCUGAUGACAGCACUGUAAAAAUGGCAUCUCCAACUCAGUCGGGUCCUACAAGCACAGGACAUACCCCUUCUCACCAAUCCCCUAUAGAGGACAGGUCUGAAACUACACAAGCUGAACUCUUUGAAGCAGCAGAUAUACUUAAAAAUGAGAAAAAGGAUGAAAAACAAGUAUUAUAUGAGUCAUCUGAAGAAAGUAGAGAACACUUGGAUAAGCCAAUCACACAAAAAGAAGUGCCUUUUGGAGGUUCUGUGCAGGAUUCAGAUGUGAAAAGUUUGCUAAAUGCAGGGGCAUCAUAUACUUGUGAUCUAGACACUGAAUAUUUUGUUAAAGGCUCAUCAGUGCCAGUGACCAAAGAAAUGAUGGAAACCAAGGGAGAAAUAAUUCCUCAGAAAAAUAUUGACAAUGAUAAUAGAUGUAUGGACAAUGAAAAAAAUGAUUUAACUAAGGAUGGAGUGUUUUCAACAAGUUCAGAGCCAUACAUGCAACUUGAAGAUUUAGUUUCAUCUGAGGAAGUCUCACAUGAUUAUUUAUUGUCCACCCAUAAAGAAACAGAUUCUAAUCUACUGCAGUCAAUAUCACCCCAACAAAUGUCAGCAGCGUAUAGUGAUUAUUCUGAAGUCAUGGAGCAAAGUCAUGAAAAAGAUGAUACAUCAACUGAGAGCUCUAAACAAGACAUUUUCCUAGAAGAUGCAAAAUCACUUUCUUUUACAGAACAAGGAAAAGAAGAUGAUACAUCCUUACAGAUGUCUUUAAUAGAACAAAGUCCAAUUGUAAAUGAAACAUAUCAAGGAAGCCCCACAAGAGAAACAUAUUUAGAUGAUGAAAGUCCUUUUCAGUUGAAAGAUCAAACUCAAAAGGAAGACAUGAAAUGUUCAUCAGAUGAAAUAUCAGCAGAAUGUGUGAAUCCUUUGCUGUCUGUGACGAAAAGCUUUGGUGAGGAACAAAAACAUCUGGAGGCAGUUGAUACACCAUUUCAAGAUAGUGCUCAAUUCUUUAUGACACCUGAAUCUAAAGAGGAUAAACAAACAUUUUCAGAAGUCCAUUCAGAAGAGUCGUCAGUGGCAAAGACACAUUCAUAUCAUUCUGACAGUCAGGUCCAGCAAAAAGAAGAAAAAUCUCUUCUAAUUUCUUCUUCGACCCCUGAUGACUCAGAGUCAUUUUCUUUUGCAGACCAUAGCCCUCUCAAAGGUGAUUCAAUUGAAAUAAGUAUUACAGAAAACCAAGAAUCUUGUCCUUUUCAAGAGCCAUACAAGGAUUUCCACCAUUCUGAAUCUUCUCUUAGCUCUGUAAAAUCAGCAGAAAAUGUAUUAGAAAAGAAAGAAAUCUCAUACGAAUCCAGAAAAGAUACAUAUAAUGAUGAUGACAUUGAUAAUGAAAAGUCCUAUGAAACUGAAAACAUUUAUAUGAAACAGAUGACCAGUGACAAGAGAGUGUGGUUUACAGAAGAACGGUUUGAAGAAGAACAAGAAAAAACUCAAUACUUAAGAAACGAAAACUAUAAACUGCGUUAUACUGAAGAAGGCGAAAGCACAUUUCUUGAGGAUACCCUUGAUUGGGAAGAGCAGUCUAAAGAACACUCUUCUUUCAGUUUAGAUGCUGUAAACCAAGAAGCAGCUAAUAAAACAGAUUCAGAUAUAUUACAUAAAGAAUAUGCACAUUUCCAAGAGGAAAAGCAUUCACAAGAGCCACUGGAUUAUUCAGGUGAAAGCAAAGUUCAACUUGAAGAGUCAGUUUCACAAAUAGAAGCUCCAUAUCAUUCUCAGGAUGAAAACAUUUUAGACAGAUUUCCCUAUGUAACAACAGCUUCAUCUGAUACAUUGGUAACACAGCAUGACGGAGAUAAUGUACCUACAAUCUUUAAGGAUAGCAAUACAGAAUGUGUACAAGUGAAAUUACAGUCUGUGGGAAAAGGUUUUGAAGAGCAUGAAUCAGAAGAAGAAGAUGGGUAUCCAUACUCACAGACUACCCGUGACCUCCCAGUUGCUUCCUUUGAAAGUGAUUUCAUAAACAAAAAAUGUGAUCUUCAACUUGGAGAAGAAAUGAUUGAUGUUUUUGACAAAUAUGAACAUUCUGAAGUGGUGGAACCAGUAAAACCAAGUUACAGCUUUCACGAGGAUAAACAGCAUGAUGUAAAAGAAAAGUCACCACAGCAGCUGUCUGCAGGUAGCUGUCCAUUACAAGAACAAACCAAACAGGAAUACAAAGACUAUGAUUAUUCUUCUAAAGAAAGUAAAGAGCAAGAAUAUGUUGAAACAUCAUACAAAGAGACCACAUUUUCUAAAAACAAUAUGGACUUUGGUUUCGGAGAAUAUAGUGAUGAACCUAAAGUAGAUAUUUUCUCCAAACGGGACAAAAAAGCUUCCCCAAGUUUGUUGGAUACUGGCUUAAACUCAUCUUGUAGCCCAUAUGAAUUAUUUUCCCAAGAGAAAGAAUCAUUUGGUGCCAUGAAAAAAGGAACAGUUGAAGAAAGAGAGCCAACCCCUUAUCCAAAUGACAAGUCUUUUCAGUAUGCUGAGAUAUAUGAGAAGAUAGUUGCUUCUGGAGUUGAACAUAUCAUAGAGGAGGCAGAACCUAGCAGUGCCAGUUAUCUACAGAAAGACAAGGCAGAGAUACCAACUUUAGACACAGAAAUAUCCAAACAUGAAUUACUCAGUCACAUAUCUUCAAAAGAAGAGGAAUCUCAUUUAUAUACCUCAGCUGAGAAGGAACUCUCUUCACCAGUAUCGCCUAAAGAAAAAGGAGUCAGUGCCACUUUUGAAUAUUCAGAAAGACAUGAACAUUUCUUAGCAAGUACAGAUAGCAGUAAAAAGACAAAUAGUUUGUCUGCUGAAAAAACUGAAAAAUCACACAUAGAAGGGCCAUAUCAAAAAACACAAACAGAAAAUGAGUGUAUUGUCUUCUCACUUGGAACAGAUCCCUCAUCAGAAACAUAUACAGGAGAACAUGAACACCAUGAAAAAUCUACCUACCUUCAUGCACAUCAUGAUGAUGAUUAUGAUGAUGAGGAUGAUGAUGAAGAUAACAUUAGUUCAGCUAGUCAGAAUAUUCCCCAAGCCGAAUCACGACUUCCUGAGAUUAAAGACUCAUAUUAUGAGAAAACAGAAGUAUUGGAAGAAAAUGCAAGUGAUUCUGAACUAGAGAAAGGAGCCAAUGAAAAAUCUGAAAAGGAAACUAAAUACCCCGGAGAUAGUGUACAUCCAGCGUACACCUAUGGUCAAGAAAAUGAAAACAACCUGUCUAAUUUUGGUAUUCAAUCAGAGGUAAAAGUUGUAGACCAUGAUCACUAUAAUGUCCAGACUGAAAUGAAAACUCUAGGCCUAAGUGACACUCAUGCUCUUGGCUCAUUUGCAAGAGCAGAAUAUAGUUUCCAUGAAGAUAAAUGUGAAAAAGAAGAUACAGACUACACAUAUUCUCCUUUUGCAUCAAAAAGUGAGUCUACAAAAGAUCCAAAUCAAACUUGUUUCCAAAGAGAAUACCAACAGUCACAAACCAGUAGUGAAAGCUACAUUGUAAGUCAGGUAUCAGAAAGCUGUACCCUCAGUGGUAAGGAUAAACCAACUUUCUCUGGUUUGGUAGAUCAUGAGGCUACAGUUUCAGCAUCAGCAUAUUCCCCUGGAGCAUUUUCAGUCAUAGAAAAGGAAAUUGGAGAAUCUUCUGACUUAUACAAGAUUCAGCAACAAUCAUUGAUAUGUGCAGAGUCAAAAGAUUUAGGAUAAAGAUGCAUUCAAUAUAUCACAUUCUGCAAAGGGAGAGGAUGAGUACUUAGAGGUCUCUGACAGAGCUUCUGAAGUAAGUUCAUCUUUAACCAGAUUUUCACCUCUAAGUCCCCAGAAAGAUGCUUUAUAUUCUAAUAUCU